AUGUUAAAACCAAAAGCAAUAUCAUCAGUUCUUAGACAAGCAACUACUGGCGGUGUAAAGGCGACUCUCCUUUUGAAUUCAGAAGGUUCACCUCUGGCAUUUGUCUCGGAAUCAGACAACGAGGCAAGAGUUUAUGCUGCUAUAGCCUCAAGUAUUUGGAGCACUAUUGACAAAAUUGGUAAAAGCGUAAUGAAAGAUGAUUUAAAUUUUCUGGUGAUAGAAUGCGAGGAAGGAAAUGUCGCAAUUGCUACUGUUAGCAACAUGUUAUUAUGUCUUGUUGCAAAACCUGAAGUGCAACUGGGAAUAUUAAAAGCAAAGACUGAUGCUUUAAUUGACCAUCUUAAAGAGCCUUUCAAAAAAAUAGCAGCUUAUACUCAAUCAUAA